AUGCUCCAAACAUCAUCCUCCAAGAAAGUUUCCUUUCAAUCAUCGGAAUUGAAUGAUGAUGAUCAUUCUCAAGAUCACUUCGAGGAACGGAAGGAAGAAAAGAAGCCAUUCACUCCCAAGACACAAGGAAAGAAGAGAUUUAAAACGGUAAAGGGAAGAAAAUCAGAAACAAGAACAGCGGGAAUUAAACAUCAAAAGGCUAUCCUUAUUUAUCACAAGCUCAUAGAUGAUGCUAUCCAAAAGAUUAUUUUCUCUCUCAUUGAUCAAGAAGAAGUAUCAGAGUUAUAUUUGGAUUUUGUUUGCCAACUAUUACAACCAUUACAUUUUGAAAAUGUUUUGGAAGAGAGAAACGCUUCGGGAUGGUGCGGAAAUCCUCUAUGCCCAAAAGAGAUUGAUCAAGAAGAGCUUGGAAAAAAUCCAAAAUAUUAUAUAGACAUGAAGAAACUAAAGCUAGUUGAUGUUUCAGGCUUUUCACGAAGAUUAUUUUGUUGUGAUAAUUGUAAAAAAGUUGCUUUUACCAAGAUGAACGCGUGUAGUACCACAAUUCCAUAUACAAGAAAUUGUACCAAGCUUUUUUGGCCCUUGACGAUAAAACUGCCACUAUUUGCAUUGACUGUAAAGGAAAAUUUGAACCCAAAAAAACCAACAAUUGGAGCUAAUGAUCCACUCAAUUGUGAAAGUGAUUCUAUAGAAGGGUUUACGCCUAAAGUUUAUAGUCAAAACCAGAAUACUGAGAAUGAUGGAAGAUCUAAAAUUAAGAAGAUUGGCUAUUUCUUUGAAUCGUGUAGUGAAAGUGAUGGAGAAGAAGAAUUUGAUAUGAAUGAAAUCAAAUUAGAUGAAUUUCAAGAGCUAUGGACUUUAUUUUCACGGCUCGUGACAAAGAGCACAAUAAGAUAUUUCCAAGAUUUUGAUAUUGGAACUUCACAUGAGCCAGUGACGCAACAGUGUACUAGGAACUCCUCCAACAAUAACAAAGUGAAUGAAUUGAGAGGACUUAGUUACGAAGAAAUGAAAAUAUAUCAGGAAUUGUAUAAAGAAGUUGGUAUUGAUAUAUCAGAUGACGUUGAGUCUAUAAAACCAACUGCAACUUAUGAGAUUUAUAGCGAGGAUGGUGCAACUAUUAAGGAGGAAGUCCAUUUAGAACGAUUUCAAGUUUUGUCUCAGGCAUUAAUAGACAUUGUGCCUAAGGUUUGUGAUGCCAUUGGCUACUCAAACUAUGGAAAAAUUAGGAAGCAAUUCAAUGAUAUCCUCUCAACAUUCAGCUAUGAAUAUUCCUUACCUUCCUUGGAUGGAAGGAAACUCAAAAUUAUGGGAUUUAUUAUCCUCAAGCUUCUGGCCAUGAAGGAUAAAGAUUUUAUGGAGAACUUGGUAAAUCUCAAAGAAAAACAAACCCUAGAGUUAUUUGCUCCAAACCAUGUUCCCCACAAAAACACACCAAAGGUGAAAAGGUCGCAAAAGAGACUUUCUUUUGAAGAACAGAUGAAGCUGUUGGAGGAAUCCAAAGAAACCUUGACCAAGCAAUUAGAAAAUUAUGGAAUCAAAGAAUCACAGCAAGGUCUACUCACAGAUGUUCUUGUUUUUGGAGUAUAUUAA